GGUGCAGCAGCCAUUUUGUCAGUCGCCAGCGGAUCCCGCGCGCUGGAGAAGUGCAGUUCCCCCUGGUUACCAAGUCGUCGGUUCUUCCUUCGCGCUGAGGGCGAGCGCCGUCGAAGAGCGCCCACCAAAGGCGGAGCCGUUCCUCAGAGUGUCGUCGCUGCUGUUGCAUCCACCCGGAGCUAGUGUGUGGUCUUCCUCGUAGUGACAGGCGCCCUCAGGGAGCCGCCGUCCGUGAUGUCAAGCGAGGAAAGCUACCGGGCCAUCCUGCGCUACCUGACAAACGAGCGCGAGCCUUAUGCGCCCGGCACGGAGGGCAAUGUCAAGCGUAAGAUCCGCAAGGCGGCCGCCUGCUACGUGGUGCGCGGCGGGACUUUGUAUUACCAGCGGCGGCAGCGGCACCGCAAGACCUUUGCGGAGCUGGAGGUGGUGCUGCAGCCGGAGAGGCGCCGGGGCCUCAUCGAGGCGGCACACCUGGGCCCUGGCGGCACUCAUCAUACCCGGCAUCAGACCUGGCACGACCUGUCCAAGACGUACUGGUGGCGAGGUAUACUAAAACAAGUCAAAGAUUACAUUAAACAGUGUAGUAAAUGCCAGGAAAAACUAGAUCGCUCCCGUCCAAUAUCAGAUGCUUCAGAAAUGUUGGAAGAAUUGGGAUUAGACCUUGAAUCUGGAGAAGAAAGUAAUGAAUCAGAGGAUGACCUGAGCAACUUUACUUCACUUCCAACUACAACCUCUAAGUCUUCAAAAAAGAAGCCAGUCUCCAAACAUGAACUUGUAUUUGUUGACACAAAAGGAGUGGUAAAACGUUCUUCUCCAAAACAUUGCCAGGCUGUCUUGAAACAGCUGAAUGAACAGAGACUUUCCAACCAGUUCUGUGAUGUUACUUUACUAAUUGAAGGCGAGGAGUACAAAGCUCAUAAAUCUGUUUUGUCUGCUAAUAGUGAAUAUUUUCGAGAUCUUUUCAUUGAGAAAGGAGCUAUUUCCAGUCAUGAGGCUGUGGUGGAUCUUUCUGGUUUUUGUAAGGCAAGCUUCCUUCCUUUGCUGGAAUUUGCCUAUACUUCUGUACUAAGUUUUGACUUCUGUAGCAUGGCUGAUGUAGCCAUCUUAGCUCGUCAUCUUUUCAUGUCAGAAGUUUUAGAAAUUUGUGAAAGUGUACAUAAACUAAUGGAAGAGAAGCAGCUAACGGUAUAUAAGAAGGGUGAAGUACAAACAGUCGCAUCUACUCAGGACUUACCAACACAGAGUAGAAGUACAGCACCUCCUGUGACUGGCAAUGAGGGAACCACAAACACUUUAUCUAGUGAACUUGGGGGUUGUGAAAUUGUACUACUGGUAAAUGGAGAAUUGCCAGAAGCUGGACAGAAUGGAGAGUUAGGACGACGGCCUGAGCCCCAGGUUUCUUCAGAGGCUGAAGCUCCCCUGUCAUCUAUUGGAUGUAUAGCUGAUUCUCAUUCUGAAAUGGAAUCUGUUGAUUUAGUAAUGAAAAACAACCAGACAGAGCUAGAAACUUCAAACAUCAGGGAAGAUGGCACAGUUUCUAGUAGUUACCCUAAACUCUCAAAAGAGAAUAUAAUCAAUAACCCUCAAGAGGAGAGUGAUAUGGGAAAUGAUAUAUCAGCUGAGGAUAUCUGUACUGAAGACAUUCCCAAACAAAUGCAGAACCUUGGCCAACCUUUAAAAGAUCAGGAAAAUCUGGUUGCAUCAACAGCAAAUAUAGAUCCUGGUCCUGAUGAUGAUACUUACAGAAGCAGGCUUCGGCAGCGGUCUGUUAAUGAAGGGGGAUAUAUCCGACUACACAAGGGCAUGGAGAAAAAGCUACAGAAACGGAAAGCCAUUCCCAAGUCAGCAGUUCAACAGGUGGCUCAGAAGUUAGUUCAAAGAGGGAAAAAGAUGAAACAACCAAAAAGGGAUGCUAAAGAGAACACUGAAGAAGCGUCCCAUAAAUGUGGGGACUGUGGAAUGGUCUUUCAGAGACGAUAUGCCUUUAUAAUGCACACACUGAAACAUGAAAGAGCUAGAGAUUACAAAUGUCCAUUGUGUAAAAAACAGUUUCAGUACAGUGCCUCAUUGCGAGCACAUCUUAUUCGACAUACGAGAAAAGAUGCACCCACUUCAUCAUCUUCCAAUUCCACAUCUAAUGAGGCAUCAGGAACAUCAUCUGAGAAGGGCAGAACCAAACGAGAAUUUAUAUGUUCUAUAUGUGGAAGGACAUUACCUAAAUUGUAUUCUCUUCGAAUACAUAUGUUAAAACAUACGGGUGUAAAGCCACAUGCAUGUCAGGUCUGUGGAAAAACUUUUAUCUAUAAGCAUGGUCUAAAAUUACAUCAGAGUCUCCAUCAGUCACAAAAGCAGUUCCAGUGUGAACUAUGUGUUAAGUCAUUUGUUACCAAACGGAGUCUUCAGGAACAUAUGAGUAUUCACACAGGAGAGUCCAAGUACUUUUGUUCAGUUUGUGGAAAGUCUUUUCACCGGGGCUCUGGACUCAGCAAGCACUUAAAAAAACACCAGCCAAAACCUGAGGUUCGAGGCUAUCAUUGUACUCAAUGUGAAAAAAGUUUUUUUGAAGCUAGAGAUCUUCGCCAGCACAUGAACAAACAUCUCGGUGUGAAGCCAUUCCAGUGCCAGUUUUGUGAUAAGUGCUAUAGUUGGAAGAAAGAUUGGUAUUCCCAUGUGAAGUCCCAUUCCGUCACUGAGCCUUACAGGUGUAAUAUAUGUGGCAAAGAAUUUUAUGAAAAAGCUUUGUUUAGAAGGCAUGUAAAGAAAGCCACCCAUGGGAAGAAAGGAAGAGCGAAGCAAAACUUGGAACGUGUGUGUGAACAGUGUGGAAGAAAAUUCACUCAGCUGAGAGAAUAUAGGAGACAUAUGAACAACCAUGAAGGAGUUAAGCCAUUUGAAUGCUUAACGUGUGGAGUAGCUUGGGCUGAUGCCCGAUCUCUAAAACGUCAUGUCCGAACACAUACUGGUGAACGGCCCUAUGUGUGUCCUGUGUGUAGUGAAGCCUACAUAGAUGCUCGGACACUUCGUAAACAUAUGACUAAAUUCCAUAGAGACUAUGUCCCUUGCAAAAUUAUGCUGGAAAAAGACACUCUUCAGUUUCAUAACCAAGGAACUCAAGUGGAACAUGCUGUUAGCAUCUUAACUGCAGAUAUGCAAGAGCAAGAAAGCAGUGGCCCUCAAGAACUUGAGACUGUAGUGGUGGCAGGAGAAACUGUGGAAGUUCUCGGAGCUGUUGCAGCUACUGAAGAGUGUCCAUCAGUGUCUACACUUUCUGACCAAAGCAUUAUGCAAGUGGUUAAUUACGUGUUGGCACAACAGCAAGGACAGAAGCUAUCUGAAGUUGCAGAAGCUAUUCAAACUGUUGAAGUAGAAGUGGCACAUAUUUCAGAAGCAGAAUGAAUAUAGUAAUGACAAAAAAAAAAAGAGACAU